AUGUCCUGUCUGCCUUGGAGCUGGGCUCUGCCCUGGGCAAUGCUGCUGUUUCUCUUAGGCUUCCAGCUCCUGGUGACUCAGUCCUGGCGUUCCCAAGAGCAGGAGGACGGUGAUGAGCAGGUCCUGUCUGCUUAUCUGCCUGCCACGGUGGAGUUCGCUGUGCACACGUUCAACCUGCAGAGCGAAGACAACGCUGCCUACAGGCUGGAGCGUGUCCUGAGUGCCUGGAGGGAGAAGGAUUAUUCCAAGCUGGUGUUCUCCAUGAACCUGCUGCUUCAUCAGACCAGGUGUGGGAAGUUUCAGGAAGACAUCGACAAUUGCCCCUUUCACAAAAGCCCAGAGCUGGACAAGUUCUUCAUCUGCUUCUUCACCGUUGAUGCCGUGCCCUGGGAAACACAGUUCAAACUCCUGAACAGGACCUGCUCGGAGGGGUUCCCCUGA